AUGCCAUACGGUAUCUACGAAUUACAGAAAUAUGGAAUAAUCGGAAACGUUCAAACCCUGGCAUUCGACCCAAUUCAGUCGUUAAUGGCUGUAAUCACCCACUUCAAUCAUAUUUACAUUUUUGGCCAAGCACGUGUGAAUGUCUCUUUCACUUUAAACUCUGUGAGCCCCAUAAGAGCACUGCGAUUUAUUAAAGGUAUAUACCUUAUUGCAGUUGAUUCGGCUAAUAGCAUAUUUGUCAUUUCUCUACUACAGAAAAAAGUGAUCCACACCUGUAUUGCAAAAAUACCAAUUACUGCCUUCGCCUGCGAUUAUUCGUUGGAAUUUGUCUUCGUUGGUUUGAAGAAUGGCUCUGUCAGAGCAUUCAAUAUAGAGACAGGGCUUGAUACUGUUUUGAAUUUAAGAGAGCAACAAACGCCAGUGUUCAGAUUAGAAGGGGCCUAUGAAGUAAGCGCAUUAGCUAUUCAUCCUAGGGAUAUUGGAACGCUCCUGAUAUCAUAUCCUAAGGUAACUGUCAUUUACAAUCUAGUUGGGAAUUCAAUUUUGCAUAAUUUGGUAUAUAAACUACCAAGAACAGCUCCAGGUGGUGAAAACUCUCUUUAUGAAUAUGGGGCAGACGGUUUUUAUUAUCCAAAGGUUGUGCAUAAUCUCUGGCAUCCCAAUGGAUUGCACUGUAUUACUGUACAUACCGAUAACUCCAUCGUAUUUUGGGAUGCUAAAACCGGUGAGAAAAUUUUAGCCAGAACAUUGUUUGACGUUGAUGUAGACGAGCCAACAGGAAAAGCUCAGAAAAUAAGCAAACACAGAAUGACGAAGAUUAAAAACAUCAAAUGGUUAUGCGAAGAGAAUCCCGAGAAAACCUCACUUUUAAUAUUGGGUGGUGACGGUUACUCAUCAGAUGGAUACCAUCAAUUGGUUAGGAUGGAUUUCGGUAAGAUGAUCUCGUAUUCUCUUACAUCUUACGCUCAGAUGGCAAAGUACUAUGCUCAACCAAGAGAACAGAGAAUUUUCGCCAUUCACUCAAAAGCAUCAAUAGUAGAUUUUGUUCCUCUUGGCGAAGCCUCUCCUUACUUCGAUGGUUGCCAUGAUGUCAAAUUAAUCUCAGUUAUUAUGAGUGACGGUGCAAUCAAGUUUUUACACUAUCCAGAAGGCAAGAUGACAAUGAAUGCAAAAUAUUUCCCAUCGACAGUAUCAUGGUUGAAUCCCAAAAUCACAUGCUCUUCAUCAUCCUACUUGGAUCGUCGUAUAAUCAACAGCCUGGUUACCAUCAGAAGGAUAGAUCAGCUUCCGGACUCUAUAUUAAAAGGUGGUAUUCCGUGCCAUCCCAAAUAUAAAGCAGAUGCUGGAUCACUCAUUAUAACUGGACAUGAAAACGGUUUUGUUAGAUUAUGGGAUUCCUCUGAAGGUGAAUUGGAUAGCACCCGUAUUUUUGAGAUAGAUAUUUCAGCUAUCAUACAAAAGGACGAUGAAAGUGUCUCUGUUGUUCAUGUUUCAUUUGCACCUGAAACAUUAGAGGUUGCAUGUAGCUUGGCAACUGGUGAUGUAUUAUUGUUUGCCUAUCAGGUCAACAAGAAUUAUCAAGAUAAAAAAAAUGAUCCACAUUUGGUUUCUGGCAUGGGGAGUCUUUCGUUAGAAAAAAGUGGCAGGGCACUAAUAAAUAUUCAAGACCGUUCUCCUACUCAUAUUAAGAAAGGAUUUAUGCCAAAGCUAAUGAUCAGACCGCUAGAUAAUGGUCUAGUUACUGCAGUUACUACAAGUAAUUUAGGCUUUGUUGCUAUCGGAUAUGAAUCUGGAAGGCUAUUACUUAUUGAUCGUCGCAGUGGUGUUGUAAUCCAUAAUGAGUUACUAAGGGAUAAGGGUUUAUCUAUUUCUAGUGAGGCUACUGCAAUUGAAUUUGGUUACGGUUUACACUCCUCAAGCAAAGAUAGGGGAACAAUUUUAAUGUACGUUGGUACCAAAAUCGGAAGACUAUUGACGUUUGAGAUCACUGGAUUACCGGGGAGCUUCAGAGUGAAUUUCGUUGAGCAGAUCGACUGCAACGAUGAGGCGAUAGUGUCAAUCAUAGCGGUAAAUUCAGAAAGUGGUAGACCUGCAACUCCAACAUUGGAGCAUUUGAAACGAGAUCUCACGGCUGAUAGGUUCUUCCCGUACGUUGUUACUGCCUCCAGGUCUGACAUAAGAGUGAUCAAAAAUAACUCAAAAAUUGCGCAUAAGACAUAUAGCAAAGGUGACGUUUCAAAGGUUGGAAUAACUGGAGCUAAGACUACAUACACUAAAAAGGUGGCUUUUGGUUUGGUUGUCAUUUUAGGAGGAAGCAAGCAGCUACUGACGCUGACGAUUCCAUCUUUGAUCGAAAUGUCAAGUCUUAGAAUUCCAUACAGAAUAGAGCCAAGAUUUGCGACAGAAAGUUCUAUAUUACCAUUAGGUGAUGUUUUCCUCCGAAUCACCGAGACAGAAGCUGCUUUGAUCAACAUUAUGAAAAUCAGAACGCCCAUCAUGUCACUUGAAACUAGCAGAUCUACAGACACAUUGUUCCUCAAGAAUAUUGUUGUCCCUUGGAGACCAGGUUCCAACCCAAUGUUAAAAAACACUCCGAGUGUCUCGUAUGAUCAGCUGUACAUUCUCCUAACCGGCCGUGAAAGACGUCCGGACAGCAAAUCUGAGGAGGCCAAUUUGGCUUGGGAAGUCUCGUGCUAUAAUCCAGCCAACUACACUUAUAUUAGUUCAAACAGCCCAAUUUAUUUCAACCCUAACGCGAUCCAUCAAAACACACAGUUGAUGGAAACCCCUAGGAGAGAAGUAGCUAAGAAGCGUGCGUCUAAGGGUAGCGGCUGGUUGGGAGGUGUUUCACAGUAUGCUCAAAAUACGCUGGAAUCUGCACAAAACAACAUGGAUACUUAUUUGGGCGAUUUGAAUGAUGAUUUCGACAAGAUGAUAUCGGAUGCCAAAAGCGACGCCAUCAAAGGUGUCUUUAAUGGUAAUUUUUCAUGA